AUGGCAAUUGAUACCAUACAGUCUUUGAGUUGCUCCACGGAUGACGAGUGCGGUGACCAUGGUUUAUGCGUUGUGUCCCGAGGCGCCUGUCUCCCGUGCAAGAGGCGCAGGAAGCGCUGUAUCCGGGACACUAUGUGUUGCCCGGGCAACCAGUGCAGCAAUGGUGUGUGUUUACCCGGCGAUCCUGACAUGGUUCAGCACAUCAGAAUGGAGGACAUAGUGCCACUCAGCAAUACACAGGAGAAAAACUCUACAGUGGAACUGAACUCCAAGUUGCCCACACAAGAUCUUUCACAAACCCCAAAAGGUCUGGAAGGAAAGCACUGCCUGAGGUCUUCAGAUUGCACAGAGGGACUUUGCUGUGCGCGUCAUUUCUGGUCCAAGAUCUGCAAGCCAGUGUUGAAAGACGGUCAGGUCUGCACCAAGCACAAAAGGAAAGGCACCCAAGGUUUAGAGAUAUUCCAGCGGUGUGACUGUGGAGACGGUUUGUCCUGCAGAACACAGAGAGGGGAGCACAACAGCAAGGCAACUCGAAGUCUGCACACUUGCCAAAGACAUUGA